CAAUUCAAUUCGACUGCGGAGAACAAAACAAAAGCGCAGCGCAGCGCCGCGCCGCGCAGGGAGGGAGGAGGUGCCCCGCGGCCACAAGCCAAGCAGCCACCCCUAGCGAACGCGAGCGCGGAGGGGCGUCGCUCGCUGCCGGGAGCGGGCGCUGGGGGGAUCGGAUUCGGCGGGGGAGCCGGCUGGGGCGAAUGGGCGGCGGCGCGGAGGUGGCGGUCGUGGAGGACGCGGCCGCGGCCGCGGCCGAGGGGGCGGCGCCCGCCGCGGAGGCGGCGAGCGGGGAGGAGGGGAUGCGGAUGGAGGGGUGGCUCUACCUGAUCCGAUCCAACCGCCUCGGGCUGCAGUACUCGCGCAAGCGCUACUUCGUGCUCGAGGACGCCGCGCUCCGCUGCUUCAAGUCCGCGCCAUCCUCCAAGCGCGAGGAUCCUGUUAGAAGUGCAAUAAUUGACUCCUGUAUACGUGUGACAGACAAUGGCAGAGAAAGUGUACAUAGGAGUGAUUUUUACAUAUUCACACUUUAUAAUGCUUCCAACAAUUAUGAUCAACUUAAGUUGGGUGCGAGAAGUUCAGAAGAAGCAGCUAGGUGGAUCAGGUGCUUAAUGGAGUCUGCUUUAAAGUCCCCGAGAAAAGAUGAGCACAUUGUUGCUUGUUCACAUAGAAGAUGGCAGGCUUUCAGGUUAAGUCGCCGCAAAAGCCGCAUGCACUCAAUAGAUUGGACUCUAUUUUCAUCUGCUCAUAAUGAUCCAAUGGCAUCUGAUGUGAUCGCACCUUCUCCAUGGUCAAUAUUUGGCUGUAAAAAUGGUUUACGUUUGUUUACCGAGGCGAAUGAUGGUGACUCUCGCGGGAAGUAUUGGGAUGAUCAUCCGGCUAUAAUGGCAGUUGGUGUUGUUGAUGCGAAUUCUGAGGCUGUCUUCCAGAUUCUAAUGUCCCUUGGCCAAUCAAGAUCUGAGUGGGACUUCUGUUUGCAUGAAGGAAAUGUUGUUGAGCAUCUAGAUGGACACACAGACAUAAUCCACAAGAAAUUAAGAGCCGACUGGUUACCAUGGUCUGUUUUCAGGGGAAUGAGAAAGAGGGAUCUAUUACUUAGAAGAUAUUGGAGACGAGAAGAUGAUGGAACUUACGUAAUUGUAUACCACUCUGUUUUCCACUACAAAUGUCAUCCUGAGAGAGGCUACAUCCGUGCAUGUCUCAAAAGUGGGGGUUAUGUAAUAUCACCAAUCAAUCAAGGAAGACAAUCAGUUGUGAAGCACAUGCUUGCCAUCGACUGGAAAUUCUGGAAGUCUUAUCUGUUUACAUCAUCUGCUAAAUAUAUCACUAUCCGUAUGUUAGGCAGAAUAGCAGCAUUGCGAGAAUUCUUCCGAGCAAAAAAUGGAAAUUGUGCUUGCAUGGAAUUCUCAUCCGGUGAGUUGACUCGAGACAUGGGACUGCCACAAGGUGAAAAUGAAAGGAUAAAUUUGGAAAUCCAUCAAGAAAAUGAGAACAGAAGACUUGAGGGCCCUACUGAAGGAUCACUGGGUGGUUCUAACAGGCACUUAAGCAGUACUGGUUCCUUUGUUCAACUUAACGAUGCAGCGGAUGAGUUCUUUGACGUGCCAGAUGAAUCAGAAUAUGAUCAGAGAGAAAUUAUGUUUCCUUCUGAUGAGAGCACACAUGCUGUGGAUCAACGACAUGCUAAAUUGUCCACAGCUGCUGUUUUUGUAAAAAGGUUGCAUGAUCUUGCAGUUCAAAAAAGAGGAUACGUUGACCUUCAGGGAGCUGCAGAUGCUGAUAAUGGGCCAUGUUGCUAUGGAUAUACUCUUCCCAAAGAUUCGAGCUGUACCGUGCCUUCAACUUGGGCAAUGACGGACCCUACAACAUUCUUAAUCCGGGGAGAGACAUAUUUGCACGAUCGUCUAAAGAUCAAGGCAAAUAGUACCCUGAUGCAAAUGGUAGGUGCUGAUUGGAUAAAGUCUGAUAAGCGUGAGGAUGAUCUUGCUGGUCGCCAUGGAGGACUAGUCCAGAAAUGUGCAGCGCAAGGGGGCACCAAAUUCUUCUUCAUUGUAAACAUACAGGUUCCUGGUUCAACUACGUACAGUUUAGCUUUGUAUUAUAUGAUGGAUACACCAUUAGAAAAGGUUCCUCUACUUGAAAGAUUUGUAAAUGGAGAUGAUGCAUUCAGAAAUUCGAGGUUCAAGCUCAUCCCUUACAUCUCAAAGGGAUCUUGGAUCGUUAAGCAGAGUGUGGGCAAGAAAGCUUGCUUAGUUGGACAGGCAUUAGAAAUCAAUUAUUUCCGUGGAAGCAACUAUUUGGAGCUAGGAGUGGACAUAGGUUCAUCGACAGUGGCACGAGGUGUGGUGAGCCUUGUGCUUGGCUACUUGAAUAAUCUGGUGAUCGAAAUGGCCUUCUUGGUACAGGGCAACACAUAUGAAGAGCUCCCAGAGUUCCUCCUAGGUACCUGCCGACUGAAUUACCUGGACGCCUCCAAAGCUGUGUCGAUAGACGAAUGCUAGAAGGCGUCAAACUGACCUCAUUCUUUUUGAAGCCAGUACAGCACAGACCAAAAGGUUGAAGCCAUUCCUUGCUGCCAACACGAUCGGCAGUCCCCGAUGCUCCUCCUUGUAUUGUCCCCGCAAAAGUCGGGGAUCUACUGCAGCCGUUGUACAUUCUCCUCUUACCGACAGCCGACUCCUCAGGUAUUGCGUUGUAAUGAUGACAGCAAUUGAUGAUAAAAAAAUGCCCUCCAUUCUUUGGCUUCUCAUCACUUAAUAAGGAAGAAAAAACCAUA